UCCCCACCCACACUGUGUUCUUGGGCUCUCUCUCUCUCUCUGAAUUUUUUACCAUUUCUCUUCCAAUUAAGCUUCUGGUGAAGCCAAAGGCCUAUCUGUAUAAUGAGGAAGCCUUGCUGUGAUAAGCAAGACACAAAGAAAGGAGCCUGGUCCAAGCAAGAAGACCAGAAGCUCAUAGAUUACAUUCGAAAACAUGGUGAAGGAUGCUGGCGUACCCUCCCUCUGGCUGCAGGCCUCCUUCGCUGCGGUAAAAGUUGCAGGCUGAGAUGGAUAAACUAUCUACGGCCAGACCUUAAAAGAGGCAACUUCGCUGAAGAUGAAGAGGAUCUUAUCAUCAAGCUUCAUGCACUCCUAGGCAACCGGUGGUCGCUUAUAGCUGGAAGAUUGCCAGGACGUACAGACAAUGAAGUAAAGAACUACUGGAACUCUCAUCUAAGAAGAAAGCUGAUAAACAUGGGAAUUGAUCCAAACAAUCAUCGCUUGAGCCAAAAUCUCCCUCGUCCUCAAAACCCAAUCAGUAUAUCUUCUGAUGCAAAAUUAUCUGGUUUGAAAUCAUGUGUUGCUGAGCCACCUGUCAUGAAAUCCCAAGGCUUCGACAUCAAUAAUAAUAUUUAUGAUCAAGUAUCCGACGUUGGAAGUUGCUUGUUGGAGGAUGAUAAUUCAUGUAGCUUGCCGGAUUUAAACCUUGAUUUGACAAACAACAUUCCUUUUACUCCAGUACUUGUUGAUCAUGAUGUCGAAGAGAGACAAAAACAUAAUCAUGAGUCUAAUGCAUCAGAGCCAGAUCAAGUAGAUCUUCACUUCAGUCCUUCUCCUACGCUUCUUUUAUUUCGAUAAUCCAUGCAUCCCAUUCUUUUCUGUCAAAGCUUUCAAGU